AAGAUUUGGAAUUCUUUUUUAAAACUUUAAACCCUACUUCUUCUACAACAGAUCUCAGUAAAAUAGAACACAAUAAUGAGAAGACGGAGCAUAAUGCUGAGGAAAUGAUUAAAAACUAUUUACUUGAAUCAGAAUCUA